AUGGUGGUGGUGCUACUUGAACUACUUGAACGUGAUUUUUGUUGGGGGGUGGGGCGACUAGAGGGUGCAAGAUACGCCACUGCCCCAGUGUAACAUGUCCAAUGUUCAAUCUAAAAUAAAUCCUCCCGGUGAUUCUGAUUUGCUGGAUCCGAAUUAAUGAGACCGUAAACUAACAGCCAGGAGACACAUCACAUAAGCUUGAAACAAAGCACCCGUCGAUGCAGUACUGUACUACAAUUUGUUUUCUGAAGUUGUCAAGAUGGAAAACCGCCUUGAAAGCUGGGAUUAUGUUGCCAUUGUGGUGUACGUUGUACUUGUAUUGGCUGUUGGGUUGCAUUCAAUGUGUCGUUCAAACCGUGGUACAAUCAGUGGUUAUUUUCUGGCUGGUCGCUACAUGACUUGGUUACCGGUUGGAGCAUCACUUUUUGCAAGCGACAUUGGUAGUGAGCACUUUGUGGGCUUAGCUGGAUCGGGAGCUGCGGGAGGCAUCGGUGUUGCUAUAUUUGAAGUUUCUGCAUGUAUGCUUUUGCAGCUUCUAGGAUGGGUGUUUUUACCUGUCUACAUUGCUAGUGGUGUGUACACACUACCAGAGUAUAUGAAGAAAAGAUUUGGAGGACAACGAAUUCGAGUUUACCUGGCUUGCCUCUCGUUGGUCUUGUACAUUUUCACAAAGAUAUCGGUGGAUAUGUACUCUGGUGCCCUAUUCAUCAAAGAAGCCCUUGGUUGGAAUCUGUAUGUUUCCAUAAUUCUACUCUUGGCCCUUACUGCAGUAUGCACUGUCACAGGUGGUUUAACUGCAGUAAUUUAUACAGACACUCUACAAUUCUUCAUCAUGAUUAUUGGAGGUUUGAUUUUAAUGGUGUUAAGUUUUGUAGAAAUUGGGGGCUAUGAUCAACUGAAAUACAAAUACAUGCAAGCCAUUCCAAAUGAAACAUUAAGUAAACCAAAUUACACUUGUGGAUAUCCACGUGAAGAUUCUUUGCAGAUGUUGCGUGAUCCUGUGAACGGUGACAUACCGUGGCCUGGAUUUAUGCUUGGUCAAACACCAGCCUCUAUUUGGUAUUGGUGCGCUGAUCAGUUGAUGGUUCAGAGGGCACUUGCUGCAAAGAGUCUAUCACAUGCACAAGGUGGCUGUAUAUUAGCAGGCUACAUUAAGUUUCUUCCAAUUGUCAUUAUGGUUAUACCAGGAAUGAUAAGUCGAGUGUUGUACACAGAUGACGUUGCUUGUGCCUCUGCAGAAACUUGCAUGGAGGUCUGUGGUAGCAGUACCGGUUGCAGCAACAUUGCAUAUCCACGCAUCGUGCUAGGCCUCAUGCCAACAGGUUUACGCGGUUUGAUGCUUGCAGUGAUGCUUGCUGCUUUAAUGAGUGACUUAACAUCAAUAUUUAAUAGUACCAGUACACUCUUCACCAUUGAUAUCUGGAAGAUCUUCCGCAUAAGAUUCUUUAAUCUUGAGCCCUCCGUUAAGGAGCUGAUGAUCGUUGGAAGAAUAAUGAUACUGAUAAUGGUUGCUGUCGGUAUUAUCUGGAUUCCGAUUAUUAUGGAGAUGCAGGGAGGACAAUUGUUCAUUUACAUCCAAGAGAUUUCCGCUUACCUGUCUCCUCCAAUCGCUGCUGUUUACCUUGUGGCUCUCCUUUGGCCAAGAGGAAAUGAAAAGGGUGCCUUCUGGAGUUUAAUGGCAGCUUUAGUGACAGGCGGAAUCCGAAUGAUCUUGGACUUUGUUUGGCGUUCUCCACCAUGCUGGGAAGAAGAUACCCGGCCAUCGAUUACAGCCAAGGUACAUUACAUGUACUUUGCUGUGAUUUUAUUCUGGCAAACUGUUUUAGUCAACGUCAUUGUCAGUUUGUUGACAAAUCCUCCCAACCCAGGAAAGGUUAUUCGAACCACUUAUUGGUCUCGAUUUAGUAAGGACAAACGUUCUGAUGAUUUUGAAGAUGAUAAAACUGAAGUUGAGUUGAACGAUUUAAAAACCAUUGAUGUUCAAGUUGAAAUUGUUGAUGGGCGAAGUGCUUGUAAAAAGGGCUAUGAUUGGUUCUGUGGAUACGAUGAUACGAUGAUAGGAAGAGAAAAAGCACAGCAACACAGGGAACACCUCAAGGCUGUUACCUCCCUGGAACAAGACCCAAAGGCAAAACUUUUUCUGAAUGUGAACCGUAUUUUCGCCAUAGGGAUCGUCACAUUUAUCUAUAUAUAUUUCUCUGUAUAAUGCAACAGAACGACUAAUGUGAUAUUAAUAUGCUAGUCCCUUAUCUCAAAAUUGGAUUUACAUAAUUUAUUUAAAUUGUAUAUACUUGAAUUUUGUUUAAGAUCAUAUUAUGAUCAGGGAAUAUAGGAGAGACUGUUUAUAUAGAUUAGAAUUAAUUACACUGUCUAUAAAGAUAAUUUGAGACCUACUCGAGUACAUAUUAUUUUGGAACUGUGGUUUAACCGCUUGCCAUAAUUCGGAAUUAUCGAAAUAAAGAAUCCAGGCCCGUAAGCAGGAAGGGGGUGGGGGGAUGCAGAGUGCGGACGCACCCCUCCCUCCAAAUUCCAAAAAGUCCACUUUUUAAAACCUUUGAUUUCACAAAAUCGUUCCUAAUUAUCACAAAAUGCUAUAGCAUGCAUUUCAUUAUAUAUUUGCCAGCUUAUCUAACCGUU